AACGCGAUUUCGAACGUCGUCGUUAUUGCCGUAUCUGGCGAGCUGGACAAACAAGGGUGCAAUACUCAAUUUCUUGUUUAGCCGUAAUCGCGCCUCACCUAGGCAAUGGUAUUGAUCGAAAACUGAUAUCGCUAUAUCGUCCGAAGGUUAUCUCUGGGCGUUUGACGAUCCGCGAUAAGUUUCGCUGCGCCCUUUACUCUCCGAAAUGCAGAUAUUCCAUAGACGGGUUUCCAGCCGCACGCAAAAAUGUUCGGGAACGGAGUCACUCGCUCGUUAUUCUUCAUCAGCGUCAUUUCAAUCGUACACAAUGGAAAUUCUCUGGAAUGUUACGUCUGCACGUCGCUCGAGGACUCGGCGUGCACUUCGUCCUUAUCUGGCCUAACACCGACUACCUGUUCCUCAUCGGGGGCUUCCGGUUUGACCACGACAAUCGUCACCGAAAACUCGAGCACGGCAUCGAUCACCGCGGAAACAACGACCUCCUCGGAUACUGAGACCACAGUGACGACGGAUGCUACUUCCGGUUCAUCGACGGACACCACCUUGGCAAAUUCGACGCUGAAACCAACGACGUUGGUAACGAAAACGGAGGAUUCGGUCUCGACGAUUUCGGAGACAACAACCCGCUCCUCUAUCUCAACAACCGUUUCCACUUCGUUAGAUACAAACACAACCGUGGAAUCAACGUCAAGUGCAUCUAACGAGAGCACUUUAACGGGAACGACGGCAACUUUGAGCGCGACGUUGUUGACGGUGGAUGGAAACGCCAGUGGAUUACUGGAGUCGGGAAAAGGCGUGCAAGUUGUACGAGUGCUCAGAGAUACUGAGGAAAGUUUUGCUUGCUACACGCUGACGGUGGUUGUAAACGAGACAGAAGUGAUCGACCGAGGCUGCGUGGCGAAGGAUUCGACGGCCUGCGACAUCUUGCAGGAAGCUAAUUAUCCCAGCCUGAGUUUGUCAAGUUGCGAAACUUGCACCGAAGACGGUUGCAAUUCUUCCGGGAAUAAUUUGUCCGGAAUUUCAUCAGCGUUUGUAUUGUUAAUCAUGUUAGUAUUUACGAGAUAACCUGCUCAUUAUCUUUCAGAGCAUUUCAAUACCUUUCAGUUUAAUUUGUUCUGGCCAAAUUUUGGGAAUUAAGUUUCUCAAUUCAAAGUUACUUUCAGAGGAGUACAAAUUAUCACAUAAUAUCGUUAGUAUAAUUAAGUAUUCCUAACUCAUUCCAGCUUUAUACUAUAAAUUCAAAAUAUGCUGCUUUGUUCAACUGCAUCGGUAGUCGUAAAUACUUGUAGGUAUAUGAUCAAGGAUCAUUUUUAUGCGUAAAAAAUAUCGACUAUUCUCUGAAAUUAA